AUGUCAACAAAGACUGAUGAAGCUAGCAAUUCUAUGACGAUGGCUGAUCAUCAAAAGUUGUUCGUCGGUUUGGUAUGUAGUGAUGCGGAAUUGGUUGAAUAUUAUGUUCAGUUAAUUACUGAAUUAAAGCGGUUUAGUUUAAAAGCUAUUUGGUGUCCAGAUACGGAACGAAGUAUACAAAUCGCUGCUGAUAAUGAUAUACCUUCAGUUUCUCAUACCGCAUUUCAGCUUAUUUCGAGAAAUGAUACAAAUACCGUGGUAAUUGCAGGGCAUGUGGCUCAUAAUGCAUUGUUUUGCAUGCAAUCACAAGCUUUGAAAAAGAAAGUAAUAUGUAUUGGAGUUGCUGCCCUUUCUCUACAUACUGCUCAAAUACUUCUAGAAUUUUCUGAAAAGCAUCAAACAUUCCUGCGAAUAAUAUACCCAUUAAGACAUUCAGUUCCAAUGACGUUAAUUGAGGCAAAUAUUGCAAAAAUAGGUGCAAUACAAAGUAUCAAUGUAGAAGCAACGUUUCUGGCACCUGAAGAUUGUAAGCAUCGCUUAUAUAAUGACUGUAAUUCAAUGCUGCAUCAAGUGAGUCAUGAAAUUAUUGAUGCACUGAAAGGAAUUUGUGGUUGUUAUCCAUCACCAAUUUCGACUACUUGCCAUCAGCGAAGCAGUUUGGUGGAGCACUUCCGAUUGCAGGAAUUGCGAUACUUGCAUAUGCAAGUUGCAUUUGGUAAUGCAGUUGCAAGUAUUCAAAUAGCUUCACAUACUACCAAAUCGUUGAAUAUUCGAGUUAUCGGUGAAUUAGGAUUCUUCAAUCUGAAUCCUCAAAUGUUAACUUUGGAAGGAUGUGAUGGACAAGGAGUUCUGUGGCGCGGUGAUGGCAACAUAGAAAAUAUGAUGCGUAUAGGGGCCAUGAAAGCUCUAGAAAACUGGGACUCUGGUAAAACAUCAGUGCUUAGAGACGAACUAACUUUGGUCGAGUGUGUUUCCAAUUGUCGCUUUAUAUAA